CCUGAUCCCGUUCAUUUCCUUCUCGUAUUCUCAAACUCCCGUUGAAGGCACUACACGGAGACUAUCUACUAGACUCUACUAGACAACCUGAUAAAGCCCCGUGCGUCAGCCGUCAGGGGUCGGUGAAGCUCCGCAAUUCUUCAUCGCUUCGGCUCAACGGCCGCCUCCUGCAUCCUGCAUCCUUUUAACCAACCUCUCCUCUCCACCUGCUAGUUUCUACACCUCAGCACCUUAUUUCACCAUGGGCGCCAUUGACAUCCCCCCCAUCCAGUACACCCCCGUCGACGAGGUCGCCGACCGGGUGGCACGAGCCAGAAAGACCUUCCACGAGCACCAGACUCGCGAUGUGGAGUACCGACUGGUUCAGCUCCGUAAGCUCUACUGGGCCAUCAAGGACCGCACCGAGGAGAUCCACGAGGCCCUGCGACUGGAUCUGAACCGGCCGGUCUUCGAGGCCGUCAUGGCCGAGAGCACCUGGCUGCUCAACGACAUUGUGUUUGUGUGUCGCAAUCUGCACAAAUGGGUCAAGGACGAGAAGGCCGACGACAUUGACCUCACCUUUAAGUUUACGAGUCCCAAGAUUCGCAAGGAUCCGCUGGGAUGUGUGCUGGUCAUUGGUGCUUUCAACUAUCCUUUCCAGUUGACGCUGGGCCCCGUCAUUGGCGCCAUCGCCGCCGGCAACACUGUCGUUGUCAAGCCUAGUGAAAAGGCCUCCAACAGCGCAGUCGUCAUUCAGCAAAUCAUCGAGGCCGCCCUCGACCCCUCUGCCUACACCGUCGUCCAGGGAGCUAUCCCCGAGACUCAGGCUCUGCUUGCCGAACGGUGGGACAAGAUCUUCUUCACUGGUAGUGCUAACGUCGGUCGCAUUGUCGCCAAGGCAGCCGCUCCCUAUCUCACCCCCAUUGUCCUGGAGCUGGGUGGCAUUAACCCGGCUAUCAUCUCCAAGAAUGCCGACGCGAGACUGGUUGCGCGCCGAUUGUUCUGGCCCAAGCUGAUGAACGCUGGCCAGCUCUGCACGUCGCAGAACUACCUGUUGGUCGAGAGACCUCUUGUUGAUGCGGUUGUUGAGGAGUUCAAGAAGACUUACAAGGAGUUCUACCCCAAGGGAGCUAAAGAUUCCUCGGAUUUCUCUCACAUCAUCGACGAUGCGUCCUUCCAGCGCAUCAAGGCCAUGAUUGACAACACCAAGGGUAAGAUCGUCAUGGGAGGCAGCAUGGAUGAAAAGGAACGCUUCAUCGAACCCACCGUCGUCGUGGUGGACUCUCCCGAAGACUCCAUGAUCACCCAGGAGAGCUUCGGUCCUCUUAUCCCUAUCCUUCCCGUUGACAGUAUCGACCAAGCGGUUCAGAUUGCCAACGGCGUCCAAUCCACGCCUCUGGGUCUCUACCCGUUCGGCUCCAAGACCGAAGUUGAGAAGAUCCUGUCGAUGACCCGCUCCGGAGGUGUUGCCGUCAACGACGCCGCCCUGCACAUCCCCACCCUCCAAUUUGGCGGUGUUGGCGAGAGUGGUCAGGGUGCCUACCGAGGCAAGGCCAGUUUCGACGUCUUCGUGCACCGUCGUACCAUCACGACCAGCCCCAGCUGGAUCGAAUCCUUCCUCGCUAUUCGCUACCCGCCUUAUGACGGCAAGGAUGACCUGUUCAAGAAGGUCAGCACUCUGGUCCCCGACUUUGACCGCGACUGCAAGAAGGUCCGCCUCAGCUGGCUCCGGUACAUCCUGACUUUGGGCGGCGGCACCGCCAAAUCCGGUGCUGCGCGUGCCACGGUUGUUGCUGCUGUUGCUUACUUCGCCCUCCAAAUGCUCGAGCGCCGGUCCGCCAAACUCUAAACUCUCACAGGGUGCAUGUUCUGUUCUGUUCUCUUCUGUUCUGAUUGAUUGAACUUAUGGGACUUGGAGUAGCUAUCCAUCCUCAUGAUUGUAUCAUCGUGUACAGUUUUUCUUUGCUUUCAGCGUUGGCUAGGUUGGUUGGAAUCCACAAAUUGUGAGGUGGGGAGGGUGAUUGAUUUGAUUGGACUUCAUGUAUGUAUGUAUGUUUGUAUGUAUGAUUUUGGGGAGGGGGGAUACUUUAGGUAUGUACAUAUGUGAAAUGUAUUCUGAAGUUGCAUUAUCA